AUGAAUGUACUCAAUCUUUUGACGAAAUAUACGAAGAAAGGAAUGUGUCCUUUAGCUGGAAGUAGCGUCAGUGUUGAUCGAUUAUUCAUUAACCGACAAAUGCAGAACCUUGCAGCGCAUCUUCAUUAUCGAACAAUUGAUGUAUCCAGUUUUAAGGAGAUCGUUAAAAGGUGGUAUCCAGAAAAAUAUGCUACAAUGCCAGCAAAAAUUGGAAAGCAUCGUGCUGUUGAUGAUAUUCUUGAAAGUAUUGAAGAAUUAAAGUGGUAUUGCCGGAAUAUUUUCAAGGAAACAGAGAUUCCUGUACAGUGA